AUGGUGAAGCUGGGCUGCAGCUUCUCUGGGAAGUCAGGCAAGGAAAUGGGAGGCCACGAAGGGGCUAUCAUGGACAGUGUCCCUCUGAUCAGCCCCCUAGAUGUCAGCCAGCUUCAGCCCUCAUUCUCUGACCAGGUGCUCAUCAAAACACAGACAGAAUAUCAGCUUUCCUCCUCAGACCAGACAAAGAAGUUUGCAGAUUUGGAGGGUCAAAGGCUGGCCUGUGGCCACCCAGAGGAAGGACGCAAAGUGCCGACUGCAAGGAUGAUCGCCUUCGUAAUGGCUCUCAUGGGCUGUGUGCUGAUCAUGUACAAGGCCAUUUGGUAUGACCAGUUCUCCUGCCCGGAUGGCUUCCUGCUUCGGCACAAGAUCUGCACCCCGUUGACCCUGGAGAUGUACUACACGGAGAUGGACCCCGAGCGCCACCGCAGCAUCCUGGCAGCCAUGGGCGCCUACCCAAUGAACCACAAGCAUGGCACCGAGAUGCCCGCUGUCUGGGGGAACAACUACCGGGCCUCCAAGGGGGAGCAUAAGAGCCCCACCCCAGCGGCAGGGGUUGUGUCCACUGCAGCUGCAACGGCAGCAGCGGGCACAGAGCCAUCAGGGAAGCCUUUGACCAUAAGAGAGAAAGAAGACCCACAAAAGGUGGAGGGCGUGCCGUCCCAGGCCCCCCAGUGA